CUCGCUCGCUCCGUCGUCUUCCUCCCCGGACGCACGCACGCGCGCGCAGCCUAGCUUUCCUCUCCGGCCUGCUUGCUGAGUUUCUGCUUCUGUGCUAGCUCGUUCUCUGCUGCUGGUAGCUUAGGGAGGCUAUAGGUUAGAAGAGAUCGCGGUGGUCGAUCGUGCGCCGGCGGCCGGCCGGCGGGUGGUCCAUCCAUGACUAACGGCGCCGCCGGCUGCCAGCCUGCAGCGCGGUGGCAAUGAGUCGGCGAGGCGGAGUCGCGGCGGCGGUGCUCCUCCUGUGGCUCGCCGUUCUCACCGUCGCCUUCCACGGCUACGGCGGCCGCCUCGGCGUCGUCUCCGCAAGGCGGCGGAUCCUCCAACGCUCGGCGUUCCAUCUCCCGACGGCUACCAGGAAGAUGCUUCUCGCCGUGGCCAGCCUCGACGCCUCCUCCUCUCCAUCGUCGUCGGCAACCACCGAUCACCAUCAUCACGAUCGCCAUCAUCACCAUCACAAGCAUCACGGCUACGGCCACGGCCACCACCGCGGCGGCCAUGAUCGGUGGAACAGACAGGGAAUCCCACCGACGGCCGGCCAGGGCGAGGAGGUCGACCCACGGUUCGGCGUGCAGAAGAGGUUGGUCCCGACAGGCCCCAACCCCCUGCACCAUUGAUGCCAUGCCGGCCAUUGAUGCUGCAUGAGUUUUCUGCGGUGAGUCACGCGCACAUAUACACUACUACACCGUCUUGUUGUGUUCAUCGAUCAAGCCUAGCUAGCUAGCACAGUAACAUUAAUUCCAAAUUCCAAUAUGUGGAUGAAUUGAAGAAAGCAUAUAUUGCCGCUGUGUGUGUGCUCUCUUGCAUGUAUGUACCAUGAUCAUCAUAUCAGAAAGCUUGGAGACAAGAGGAAGAAAAAGAAGAAAAAAAUGUCACUAGCUAUAGUACAUAGAAGUUAUGUUGAGAGAAUUAAAUGGAUAUGCCUGGUUUAAUUUA